AUGUCUGUUUCAACUGUCAUCGUUGACCCAGAUGGCGAUACCUUGAUCAUCCUCCCCUGUAUCGAAGAAGCUGUCGGUGUUGAGGAUGACCAGAACAAACCCAGGAAGGUGACCCAGAAUCACUCCGAGUUCCACUUCAAGGUCUCCAUGAAGCAUCUUCAACUAGCUUCACGCCGUGCGAAAGCGAUGUUCGCGGGAGGCUUCAAAGAAGCCAGACCAAUGGAAGUCGAUGGCCUCCGUCAUUGGACAUUCGAGCCCAUGUUCGAUCCAGACGCCUUCAGUACCGUUAUGGAGAUCAUUCAUGGGAAAACUCAGCAUUUCCCGCAACAAGUGUCACUCGAGCACAUGGCUGAGAUUGCGAGCAUUGUCGAUGAUCUAGAGUGCCAAGGAGCCGUCUGGUUUUUUGCCAAGAUGUGGAUGCCUCCUCUGAAGCACAAGCUUUCUCACCCCAAAUGCGACGAAAACCUCGCCAGGUGGAUCUUGAUUGCCUAUGUGUUUCAUGAACCAGAAGUAUUCAAGUGCGCCACACUCAAAGCGAUAUGUUGCAGCACAGGGCCUAUCUCAACAUUUGGCCUUCCCAUCCGUCCCAAAAUCAUAGGUCCGUUAGCUCGUAUAGAUUCAAUUGAGCUCGCGAGGCAAGACUCCAUUGACAAAGAGGUCUCCGCACUGUAUAGUGAGGUGGAUAGGUUGUGCGACGAUAAGCCUCGUUGCGCACCUGGCUGCAGACCACUGUUGCUUGGCUCGUUGAUUGGAGACAUGAAAAGAGCAAAGCUGUUCUCACCACGGCCAUCGAGGCCUUUCGACAAACUUGCCUUGGACACAUUGCUAAUGAAAGUACGAGGGUUUCAAUCGGCAAAGAUUUACUCGACCUCCUCCAAGUAUGAUAGAUGGAGGUACGAGCAGACACCAUAUGCGCGGCGACCAGAGAUGAUCCCUGAACCCCUACGAGAUCAUUCUUGCAUUUUGGAUCAAGACGUCGAAUCUACAUGCAUGUCCAUCGCGUCAGGAAUUCAGGGCCUAGAACUCGCAAGCUUCGUCAACGGUCCGAUCCACCACUGA